CGCGGUCGGCCCAAAAGUGAAAUCGAAAUUUUACAAGAACAAAUUGAGGACAUUCAAACGAUACAAUUUCAGCAGUUUGGUCAAAUAGAAACUCUUUUUGAAAUGGCAGUACUAAAUGAGUCGGCGACUUCCUUCCACAAGGAUUUUUUGAAUCAGCAUAUGACGGAGCAAGAUCAGGAUAAUCCUUUGAAUAAUGAUGGGGUUUAUGAAUGGAAUGAGAUUCAUUCUUUCUCAGAUAUAGACCAAAACACUUCAACGAGCCUAAAUCAGGUACAUUCGGAAGAGACGCUAAACUCCUUUAUGGAAUUUUCCUCAAAAGUUCCAAAAAGAACUUUAUCAACACAGAUUCAAGAUCCUAUGGACCAGCUAGUAGAGCAAUUUAACAAUGAUUUAAAUCUGGAGUCUACGCGAUAUGUUGGUGCUGAUUCUUUGUUAUUGAUGGACAAUCAUGAAGAACAAAUUAUCCCCCAAAAGCAAGAUGAUUUGUCUUCGGUUGAAUCAUAUCUAAAAGUUUUACCAAACCCGGAAAUUGUAGACGGCCUGAUUGAUAUAUACUUCCAGGCAGGUCAAAAAACCUAUUAA